CAGCCUCUGUCACACGCGCCUCCCUCUCCUGCUCAAAAGAAAGCUCCGGCAGUCUGCUGAAUUUUUCCUGACUGACAGGAUCCUCUCCGGUUUGUGGACAGAUUAUCACGCUGAAGUAUCAACAGGUCUGCAGCUAUGUGAACUCUGAAGCUAUGCUAGAUUACAAACUCAUCCACUCGAUUAUUUUCACAUUUUCACUUUCUGAGUCGAUUGCGCGAUGGAGUACGGAGCGGGACGAGGCGAUGGGAUCCUCCAUGCGCUUUGGAGAACAAGGAUGUGUGUCUGAAAGUGGACUGACUGGUUGCCAGUCAUGGAGCCUGAGCUGAACUGCAGCUCCCAGUGUGAUUCCUCGCUCUGCUUCAUCCACGCAGGAGUCAGCAGGCAGGAGGGCAUCGACGUCCUGCAGAGACUAUGUGGUCUCAGCACGGCGGCGGUGGAGCUCCCGAGGCGCUCUCUCUCCCCGGUGUUAUGUGCUGUGAUGUGGACUCUCCUCUCCUGUGGCAUCCUGCUCGCUUUCCUCUUCCUCCUCUUCACCCUGCGCUUCAAAAACAACAGGAUAGUGAAGAUGUCCAGUCCCAACCUGAACGUCCUCACCCUCAUUGGAAGUGUCCUCACCUACAUCAGCGGCUUUUUGUUUGCUGCUGAUCAACAAACACACUCACAAGGUGGAGCGUCUACAGCUCUGCUACAGGCUCGGAUGUGGACCCUUUGUGUGGGCAGUACUCUGGUGUUUGGACCUAUUCUGGGGAAGACGUGGAGACUGUACAGAGUGUUCACACAGCGGGUGCCUGACAAGAGAGUGAUCAUCCGAGACAUCCAGCUGAUGGGGAUGGUGGCUCUGUUGAUCCUGGUGGACUUUCUGGUUCUCACUGCCUGGAACCUGGCAGACCCUGUCAGGUGUUCACGAUCUGUCAGCGCUGUUGUAAAGGUGGUGGAGAGCGACAUUUCCUACUCUUUGUCUCAGCUGGACUCAUGUUCUUCUUCAUACUCGGAUCUGUGGACCGUCCUCAUUGCUGUUCAGAAGGGUUGUCUUCUCCUCUACGGGACGUUUCUAGCCGGGCUGACCAGCACAGUCAGCCAUCCUCCUGUCAACCAAUCCCCGACCAUCAUAACAGCGGCCACUCUGGUCACCCUCUCGUCGGCUGUGGCCGUUCCUGUCUCCAUCUUCCUGCAGGCAUAUCCUAACCUGGUCUACAGCACUGUGGCUGGAGCCAUUUUCAUCUGCACGCUGGCCACCAACUGCGUGCUGUUUGUCCCUCAGCUGACACAGUGGAGACAGUUUGAGGAGGAUCAGAACAACCCGAGUCAGAUGGCAAAGUAUUUCAGCAGCCCCAGUAAGAGCCAGCCGUCGGUGUACAGCCAAGACGAGAUCUACUACCUGCUGGGGGAGAACACCUCCAUGAAAAAACUACUGAAUGAGAAGAACGCUGUGAUCGACAGUCUGCAGGAGCAGGUGAACAACGCCAAGGGUAAACUCCUGCGCCUCAUGUCGGCCAGUCAGCCGCCCGACGACCAGGACCUGGACUCCUCUGACACCAACCUCAACUCCUCCUCCACUCAGACCACAGAGCUUCAGUCUGACCGGAUCUCUUCCUCAUCUCUACCUCAGAGGGACACCAGAUCCCCACUUCCUCCUCCUCCUCCUCCUCCUCUCACUGCAGCUGUUCCAUUAUCUGACAGAACGCCCCCCUCUGCUGCUAAAUCUCCAGACCUCAUCCCCGCCUCCUUUCCUCUCUCUGAGGGUGAAAAUAAGAAAAGCGUCACUGCAAGCGGUGCUACAGGUGGAGGCCCAGCUGAGUCCAGAACACGGGAUCCUAAAGAGCCCGUGUCCCUAAAGUCCAGCGGGUUACUCAGAACAGCAGAGGAAACAGUUCAGUUUGUCACUUCCCUACAAUCCCACAGAGGAUUAAACCCCGCUCAGGUUGAAACUCUCAACAAUCAAAGUGGCCUGACGCUCAAUCUGAGACGAAACACCAGACCGGCUGGUUUUGUGAGCAGCGAGCAGUUGCAGGAGAUCCUCCAGGAGCUGAACGUGGACGCCAUUAUAGAGACAGCGCUUCGAUCCCCCGGUCAAAUGUCUUCUCAGCUGAAAUAUCCAGACGCUUCUGCUGCGCUCUCCCCGCUUUCCCUGCGGACUCCACGCUCCCCUCAUCCGCCGCCUCUUCUCUUCCGCUUCCCCAGCGUCUCUCCGUACGCCAUGAGGAAGCGACGGCCGCCCUUCCGCUCCUCCGGGAGAGGUUUGGCCCCUCGCUGCUUCUACACGGGCGCAGAGGCUGCUGCUGCGUGUGGGAAGAGAAAGGUCAACCCUGGACUUGAUGCAGCCACAGUGGGGGGUAACCUCAUUCAGGUGGAAGACUCUGACCUGGAGGAAGAGGAAGAGGGGGAGGAAGGAGACGCAGAAGGGAAUGAAGCGGUUAGAAAAUGUCGGAAGUGUGAUUCAAGGUCUCACAGGUUUCACACAGCGUCGUCGCGCGUGGAAGCAGCCGGUGACAACGGUCAGAACAGACGCAUUAGAGACUCCUGCGGGUACUGGGACUCUGACUCCAGCAGCUCCAUGGACUACUGUUACUACCACCGUCCGUUCUGUGACUCGUGCCUGCAGCGAGGCUCGCUCCUGUCCUCUGACUCCUCCUCUGACUCCUCCGACAGCGAGUACGACGGCUACACCGGCCUGUACCGCUCCCCGCACCCCGUGGUGUUCAAAGAAGACCUCAAACCCACCUUUGUAUAAGCACAGGGGUCACUGCACUUUACACUUCUCCGAGUUUAGUGCGUCAUUUUACUGAAAAAACAGAAUUGUGUGUUUUGCGAUCGUUAUGAAAGGAACACAAGUAUUCUUGAAUCUUGUAUCCUAGAACAUAAUUAUUAUUUAAAGUCUUUAUAUGUGAUUCUUCACACUUAAAUGUAGAAAUCAAGUAUAUCCUCUGAAAAUAACUCUGUGAGUCAUGACUGUCUACAAUGGGUGUAACACCCGAGUCCCACUGUCUGUGAUGUUUUCAAAGUUUUCAGAGUCCUAUCUUCAGUUUGUUUACAUCGCCCGGACGGCCGGCUGACUCCUCCCCUCGAGUAUAAAAGUUGUUUAAUUGAGGGACUAGAGAAAAGAAGAAUAACAUACUGUACUCACUGCUUAACUGUGUUUCUAGAUCACGCUCAUUUCAGGUAAAUUUACAUGCAGUGUGAAGAUACAAGCAUAAUAAAGAUCGCUAGCAUUAGCAUGCUAACACAACAAUGCAGCGCAAGUUGUUUUGGUUUCAUGCUGGUGCUCAAGGGCAACAUCUGCUGGAUCAAAAAAAUCACAUAUAAAGACUUUAACUUAUGAGGAUAAAAUAAUUGUGAACCAUUAUGUAGCUGUUUUUUUUUUAAUAUUACAUAUUUGUAUAUUUCUUCUGUCAAAGAAAAGUCCUCACGUUCCAAAAAUGUUGAUUGAGAGCAAAAUGAAAAGGUUUCUCACAACAGUUGAGAUGUGCACUGUAUUUGUGCAGCGCUGUAUUUAUUUUGAUAUUUAUUAGUAGAAGUUUACAGAAUAACUUUCUGUCUGUGUAUUGCUGUUUUACAUUGUCAAACUCAUUCCUUUAAAGUCGAUAUGCAAUCUUAUUGUAUGGUCUGCUUUUUGUCUGUUUUCUGCUCUACAUUUUAAAUUUGACACAUCGUCAGAACAAUACUCUGCAUUUUAUUUAUUUUUUUAACAUUCUUUUUAUUUAUUUUCAAAGACAAAACAAUAACAGCUCAGUGCACUUUAGCAAAGUAUCUGCAUAGUUGGUCCAGUAGUCACAUUCAGCAUGUGAUUAACAGUGAUGUUGUACAAUAGCAAGAUAAUCAUUCAGGGAUCAUUAUGAUAAGUUGCACUUAACAUUUAGAAGAUUCAAAGGCUUCUCCCAUUUUCUUUUAAAGAGAUGAGUCUUUCCUCCGAUACAGUAUCUUAACUUUUCUAACGUCACAACAUCAGAUGUCAGAGAUUUCCACAAGUGAACAGUAGGGGGUUCAUCCCCAACCCAUGAUACUCUGCAUUUUACCUCAAGAUC